CCGAGCGCCUGCCGCCUGCUGGGCACCCGAUGACCCCCUCCAUUUCGAAUCAAAAGAAGAAAAAAGUAAUCACCCUUCUAUUUCUUUCUCCCGUUCACCUCUCCCCCCUCUGCCCCUCUCUCCUCUCUCUCUCUCUCUCUCGGCCGCGGCGGCGCCCUUCGCCACGUCUUCGCCGGCGACGAGCACCCACAAGUUGGGGGGAUUACUCAUAAUUUGCUGUAAUGCUGCAAUGGAUGGGCGGUUCGAGGAGGAAGGUGUACGCCUCCAGGAAGUCAACACAGAGCAGACAAAGGCAGUACUUCGAACAAAAGAGACGGCAACAGCAAAGGCCAGAGCUACAGAACCAGGAUAAUGUAGCAGGAGGUCAAGCUUCACGUGAUCAGGAGCCUCGAUCACUUGAUGUUCUAAAUAUCAACAAUCUGGCAACUCCAAUUAGUCAUCAUAAUGACUCCGCAAAUGCAGAUGGUGCUAUACCACAGGUGGAUUGCAUUCUUUCGGAUGGUUCCCCUAAAGAGGCAAUAAAGAAUAUCACUUUUUUAUCCAAUAGCAGCAUGAAGGAAGCAGGCUCUCAGCCAAGAUUGUCAUCACCCUUUGGUCAUCAAGGUGUUGCAGCAGCUGUUAACUCUCAUGAAGAACCCAUUAGUUGUAAAAUAUCCCCAUCUAUAAACUAUAGCACCAGGAAGCAAAAUCAAAAUCUGGAAUGCCAAAGUGAAAUUUCACUUAUUGAUUUGGUCAGUUAUGAGGGAUCAAAGAAUAAGUCUACUGCAAGACCUGCCCGUGAGCUUCAUGCGUCAUUUUCUGUUAAAGGCCUUGGCCAUAUCAAGAUGGAAACACCUCCCCAUUCACCAAGGCCAAUCAAAAGGGUUUUACCUUUACCUCCAAGGGCCAUACGGUCCACAUAUAAAGCAAAACGGUCUAUCCCCUUUGAUGUUACAAAGGCAUUGGAUUCUAUGAAUAGUAUCAAUAUGUUGAAGGAGCAAAGACUAUCAGCCAAAAUGGGCAGUACAUUCAAUGAAUCAGGCUAUGAAAGUAGUAAACAGUUUAACUGCUAUUUUCCGGGUUCAUCUGAGAACCAUAAUUCUGACCUCUAUCUUGAGGACGAAGCCAUGUUUUGUGAACCUCAACCUAAAAUGGAAUGGCAAUCAAAGCAUAUGAGAUCAGAUGGCAAUCUUGUUGAUGAGGGUUCUGAUAGGCUCUGGAGGAUAGAUCAAUUUAAUUCAGAGGAUCAUUUUCCUAAUCAAAGAGAGGAACAUUUCGAUACAAGUGGCUAUGGAUUUAAAGAUAGAUAUUCUCCAGAGCGAAGAAACUCAACAAGAUCUAGCACAGGAUUUAAGAAUACAGGAAUUCCAUCAUCACAUGACCUCUUUUAUGACCAUUCAUUGAUGGAUGAUGAUGAGGGUACUGGACUAUUUGAUUGGGAAAGGCGCCCACCAAGUAAGAAAAUCUUCAACUCAAAUGGCACUUUUGGUCCUUCUGCUUGGUCUUUCGACACUGUAGAUGAUUCAGAGAAAAGGAGGAGCCCAAUAAGUGAAGAAUCAAGCUCAUCUGCUGCAGCAAUGAAGAAACCAUCACCAUCAGUAAAGAAUGAGAUGAACCAGAAGGAUGAGUUUGAUAUAAGCUUGGAUAAGCUAGAUAUUCCAAAUAUGGAUGCACAUCUUCAUGGGAGGUCGCUAUUUAACAAUCCAGAAAAGGUGGAUAGAAAAGGAACAACUGAUCAGAAGAAACUUGAAACAAGUUAUUGGCCAGAAAAUGUUACUGAGCAGCCAAGAACUCAAGAACCGCGCUGCCGUUUAUCACUUAAGGAGAAAUUUUCUAAUUGGGAUUCUCCUACUUUCCAUCUGAAGGAUAGCACUGGACUAACUAACCAAUCGAGUUGCACCAUAAUGCACAAAGAUAAACCUUCUUUCCACGUUUCUCCAGAUUUGAGCGUGUAUCAAACUGUGGAGUCAACCGACAAGAGACCUGUUUCUCACAGACCUGACAAUGCCAUUUUUGAAGAUGGCAUUCACAUGCAGCAGCCUAUUUCAGAUGUGUUUGGCGAUAAAACUGAAUUAUCAAACCCAUUUCGGACCAAGGAUCUUCAGAUCGACAUUGAUAUGAACACUUUAUUUGGAGAGAAGGUGGACAAAAAGCAAGAAGAUAUUUUUCCAACUUUCAGCAAUCGAAGCGCAGACUCCGUCCCUGCUGAGAAAGCAGUGAGUUCUGUAAGACAAACUGUCGGUGGACACAGUAUAUGCUCACAGCCUUCUGGCAAGGGUUCAUUCAGGCAUGGGUUCAGUCCUGGUUUCAAUUUCCAGGAGUCAGAAUCAAACGCAUUUUGGGGGGGUAGCCAUGUUAAUAAUGACACUUUCCUGGGGGACCUUGAGUCUAGUGGUCUGCUUGCAAGAAAAAACAGUGAUAAGAAUGAAGUCAAGAUUGAGGCAUCUGAGAAACCAGAUACUAGGUUGUUGACGGAAACACAUCGGCUCUCUGCAGAUCACAAAAGUGAGAUGAAUGGAACUGAAACAUGUUCUAAUGGCUCAGAAGUGUCCAAUUGUUCUGAUGCACAUAAGGAAACUUCAGCGGCAGCAACACAAAUUCCUGCAAACUUAAGCUGUCUUCAGGAAACCUCAGCAGAAUUGUUCCAAGUUCGAACUCAUGUUAGACCUAUAACAAGAGAAAAACUAGAUAAUCCUAAUGUUGACUUCAAAGCUCCAGUGCAUUUGAGAAGCAAGAUUGAUGAUGUUGGAGAUCAUUCUAAACUAAAUGCUAUGUUCCAGUCUCCUUUUAUUGGAGAGGAGAUGGGGAUUGAAAAGAAGAUCAUAGCAAGUGUGUCACCAGACAACAGUGAUGUUCAGUAUCAGUUUAUGCUUGAACAACGUGUUCUCCGGCGGCUUUGUGUUCAGAAGAUAGUGGUGCCUACACCAAUGAAGGACAAGCUGGAUAAGGAUACACGAUUUAGGAUAGUGGAGGAUGGAUCUCAUGCCCUUCCGGAAAGUGUCUAACAGGGGGAGGAAAUGGCAAUGUAGGGAAGGAACACAUUUGACGCCUGGUGAAAUGCAGGGCAAGCACCUACAUGAGCCCAUGAGCUCAUCCAUGUCCAUAUGCUCAUUUUAUGUGCACCACUCUCUUUAAUAAUGUCUGUCUGAAAAUAUUAAUGUUUCCUUCACCCAUCAGUUUCUUAGUGUUGGUUUUCACCACAAGAUCGACUCAUUGUACACCUGUGGACUCUAGAUUUGUGCUUUUUUUCUGUUAUAAUAACUCUGGGAGGGUUGUCAGAUGUUAUACCUUGUUAAUCUAUUAGAUUUAAACAUUAAGUAAA